AUGGACUACAACUUAUAUGGCUUUUCCAAGCGUCAGUCGAUCAGUGAGGGAACGCCAUAUAGUAAAGAGCAUCCUCAUGGAACUCUGGGUGAUCGGCAAGCUGGAUUUCAUUCUCAGCCGCAGUUUGCUCUUCCCACCUUCAACUCUCUGCCACGAAGGUCUGCCUACUACGAGACCCAUUACCCAUUGUACUAUUCCGAUUGGACCAAUAUUCAAGGAAAUUCGAACGAUUAUGUAGCUCUCAGUAGUUACAGUGAAGAUUCGACGAAUAAAGUUCAGAUCGUGAAAGGCAUAAGAGAAAUCAACGAAAGAGACGAUGAGGACAUUCAGUUCUCAAAGACAGGAGAAGUUUCUGUGAAUUACCCAGUGACCAAACUACAGUGGGACCCUCAGGUGGCGUCUGGAAGGAGUUAUGAACCUAAACUGGCUACAUCCUCGGAAUGUUUACGACUAUACGAAUACCAUGAAGAAGGAGAAAUAUCACAAUUGGUGGAGACAGCAAUUUUAUCCAACCCCAAGAAUAAGAGUUUUCAUCAACUUCCGCCUAUGACUUCCAUGGACUGGUGCAGUGCCGACCCCUCCUAUAUAAUUACCUGUUCCAUAGAUACGACGUGCACUUUAUGGGAUGUUUCCAAGGGAGCUGGGGUCGCUAAGACACAGUUGAUUGCGCACGAUAGUGAAGUUUUUGACGUGCAAUUUUUGCACAAUAGCCAGAACCUUUUUGCCAGUUGUGGAAACGAUGGUUCUGUUAGAUUGUUCGAUCUACGCUGUCUAGACAGAUCUACCAUUAUCUAUGAACCACACGCGGCAGCAUCGUCCGGAGAUCAUGCUUCGAGCUCUUCUUACAAUAAGCGACAUCCAUUGUUGAGGAUUAGUGCUUCCAAUUACAACCAAAACCAUAUAACUGCCAUCGAAGCAAACAGCAACAGGUUGGUGGUUCUCGACCUGCGGUAUGCUGGAUCUCCUAUUAGAAUCCUGGACCAUCAUGCGGGCAACAUAAAUAGCGUCAAGUGGCACCCGUACAAGAACUUUCUGCUUACUGUGGGGGAUGAUUGUCAAGCGUUCAUAUAUGACUUCAACGCCCUGGAGGGGUCGAAACCUCUCACCACCACAAGCUCAUCGAACUCAUUGGCAAGUGGGAACUCACUUAAGCGAGUUCACACUAAUGGCGAAUCCGAUAUGCCUAUAAUGGCUUACUCCGAUACCAUUGAGUUGAACAACGCCACAUGGAGCUCCAAAGGUGACUGGGUUGGUCUGGUGGGAGGUAAGGGUUUCCAAGCUGUCAAAGUUGAUGAUUAA